AUGAAAGAAAGCUCAACCAGUGAGGUAUGUAUUGAUGAUGUGGAUGCGGAAGUGGUGAAAGAGAUGCUCCAUUUUAUGUACACUGGCACCUCUCCCCGUCUUGAUGCUAUGGCUCCAAAUCUCAUCGCAGCCGCUGACAAAUAUGAUUUGCAUCGGCUCAAGGUGAUGUGCGAGCAAGCUCUCUGUCUGGCGUUGACAGCCGAAAAUGCUUGUAUGACGUUGGUUUUGGCCGAUUUAUACAAUGCGGAUCAAUUACGGCAACACUCCAUCAAUUUCAUUAAUGUGCACGCAAACGAGGUAAUGCAAUCAGAUGGAUGGCAAGACCUUGUGCAUCAACAUUCUCAAUUACUUGCUGAAGUUUUCAAGGCAUUGGCCACACAGCAAAUCCCGCCAAUCGUGCACACUCAACCGCCAAAGAAACGCUCAAAACAGACGUCUUCUUUGGAUGGGAAUUCUCGA